UCCAAGUGGGGAAGGCAAGGUAGGAGAGCAUAUAGACGCAUUACUGCAGCAGCCCACAGCGGCAAAACGCGCGUCACUUUCACGGGGGGGAAAAAACCAUCAGAUUUAGGAGAUUUGUAGGGAAAAGUGAUCAAAUCUGCAUCCUUUCUGGAAAGACUUGAAUGCUGGGAUUGAUUGCAUCUUCAUGUGGUUUUUCUUCACCGAACUGACCACCUGACUACUUCUUCUUGGUCUCAUUGCGACACUUUUUGGAACUCAACUCCUCUCAUCCGCCUCGGAAAAAAAAAACAAUCCUAUGUGAUUUUUUGCGGUUUUUAUUUUGUUUCGCUUCAGUGCCGGACUUGGAAACAGCGCCUCCUCUGCUGAGUCAGCACAAACAGCUGCAUAGAAGAUGUCCGCCCCAGAUGCUGCCGCCCCAGGUGCUCCAGGAGCCCCCGGUGCAGAUGGAGCCCCGGGAGGCCAACCCGCCGGGCCGCCCAACACCUCCAGCAACCGCAGGCUGCAGCAGACCCAGGCCCAAGUGGAGGAGGUGGUGGACAUCAUGAGGGUGAACGUGGACAAGGUUCUGGAGAGGGACCAGAAGCUCUCUGAGCUGGACGACAGAGCGGACGCUCUGCAGGCCGGGGCGUCGCAGUUUGAGAGCUGCGCUGCCAAGCUGAAGAACAAGUACUGGUGGAAGAACUGCAAGAUGAUGAUCAUGAUGGGCAUCAUUGGAGUCAUUGUGGUGGGCAUCAUAUUCUUGUACUUCUUCUACUAAGCGCCGCCUCAUCACUAAAGACGGAUAUGGACUUGAGAAAGUUGUGAGAUGGAUGACAGCGAAAGAGAUAAAAAAAAAAAAAAAAAAUCCAAGCACCACCCUUUUAUCCUCCCUCUCCUCCCCUCCCCUCGCACAUCACACAUCACGGCAGCUUUUGUUUUGUCUUAACUGUUCAUCCUCAUGCAUUAUUGAGGGAAACGGAGUGGGGAGGAAGAAGGACCUAUGUGGUGAUUUCGCCCGUCCUUUCUAUCUGGGAUUUUACCAAAGCGGAAUAUUGCUGUUGACAAACUUUGCUACGUUUGUAAACAAAGACACGCCAUUGUUGUUGCCGCCUACUAACACAAAACACGCAUCUUUUCUUUGGGAGUGUGUUGAUUUCCGAGGUGACGGUUCCACGUGAUGUGUUCCCAGGAGCAAAAGAGAGAUGCAGACACUGAGAAACAUACUUGUCAACCCUCCCGAAUUUUCCGGGAGACUCACGAAUUUCAGUGCCUCUCCCGAAAAUCUCCCGGGACAACCAUUCUCCCGAAUUUCUCCCGAUUUCCAGCCGGACCUGAGUGAGGACAGCCUGUCUUCAUGUCCACUUUUCCUCCAUAUAAACACAUAUAAGUCCCGUUAUAACAUCUACGGCUUUUGGAGCUCAGUACGCAACUGCACACACAACAAGAAGGAGACUAUUAUAUAUGUCUCCAUUAUCCGUAGGUUUAUCUAUAACCCAGCCGGCACGUUAAUACACUGACACACAACAUCCGGAUUCCCAUCAUGCAUUGCUUCAAAACUACGGCAAGUAGUAAUGUCCAAACAAAGAUAGUGACAGAGAAUAGAACGAGGAUGGACAAUUCAACCCUAAACUCACUCCUUUUCUGCAAAUUAAAUUUCACCUAUGCUUCAAAGGCUGUGCUACUGGCUGCAAAGCAUUGCACUUUCAAAUACAACAAUGAGUAGAGAGGAGUGUUAUGUGUGUGUUUAUGUGUAAAUAAAUGAACACUGAAAUGUAAGUAUUUAUUUUAUAUAUAUAUAUAUAAAUAAAAGAAAUACUUGAAUUUCAGUGCAAAUUCAAGUAUUUAUUAUAUAUCCAUCCAUCCAUCUUCUUCCGCUUAUCCGAGGUCGGGUCGCGGGGGCAGCAGCCUAAGCAGGGAAACCCCGGACUUCCCUCUCCCCAGCCACUUCGUCCAGCUCUUCCUGUGGGACCCCGAGGCGUUCCCAGGCCAGCCGGGAGACAUAGUCUUCCCAACGUGUCCUGGGUCUUCCCCGCGGCCUCCUACCGGUCGGACGUGCCCUAAACACCUCCCUAGGGAGGCGUUCGGGUGGCAUCCUGACC